GCGCCAAUCAAGAUGCAAUCCGCAACUGUUCAAACCUUUCUGAACUGCAUCUCAUCCAACCAUGGCCGCCCGAUAUACCCUUUACCAUCACCCAACCUGCAGUAAAUCCAUCAACGCCCUCACACACCUCCAAACCCGGCUCCAGCCUACCAGUUUCAAUGCAGUCAUCUACACCACCACCCCACCCACAGCGCAAACGCUAAAAGAGGUAUUCGCUUUACUCCCCAAAACCCAAUUACCAACCGCUGUACGUCCCGACGAGUGCUCUGAAGCAGAGCGUGCCCAAGUACAAAACGGAAGUGUUGACGAUGUGGUCGACGUUGUGAUGGUUGACAUUGUCAAGAGAUUGCAGCGACCUAUUCUCGUAGACUGGAUCGCUGGAAAGGCUGCUGUUGGGCGACCUAUGGAUCAGAUUUUAGAGUUGCUUGAGGAGAAUAAGGAAUGAUGAUGGCGGGUUUUGUCAACGCCAUUUUUUGUGGUAUUUCACAGCUUGGAUAGAAUCAAGGGAUGCGAGUGAUCUGAUGCAGUUGGAAGCCGCGAAAAAAGAACAUUAGAAGGAUAACAAAUACUCUGAUGGAUCCGAACAGUAAUGUGAAUGUAAUAGAGACUUGAACUUGGGUAUAUGCGAGGACCGUUGGGUCGCUAAUACAUCAGAUAACCGCGAAAUUCGCUGUAGAUAUGCGGCCCUUUUUCCUCA